CCGAGCUGAGGACGGAGAGCCCGGAGGACAAAUCCCCCCGUGAGACCCUGGUGGGAGAGGCCGUUUUGAAGGGCUCCCCGGCGCAGGAAGGCAGCGGGGAGGAAAAGGGCCGGAGAUCCCCCCGCAGGAGGGGCUCCAAAGCCAUCCCAGGGUGCUCUGAGGAGGAAAGAGCCAGCCUGUGCUGGGAAGGCGGCCGGAGGUUGAGGGGGAGCUCUGAGCUGAUGGUCCCUGAGCAGCCUCCCAGCAGGGAGAAGCCCUUCAGGUGCUUGGAAUGUGGGAAGAACUUCAGUCACAGCUCUGACCUGACCCGACACCAGCACAUCCACACUGGGGAACGGCCCUACAUGUGUAGGGAAUGUGGGAAGAGCUUCAGUCAGAGUUCCGACCUGAUCCGACACCUGCACAUCCACACUGGGGCACGGUCGUACUCAUGUGGGGAAUGUGAGAAGAGCUUCCGGGACAGCUCCAGCCUGAUCCGACACCAAAUGAUCCACACUGGAGAACGGCCCUACACAUGUGGCAAAUGUGGGAAGAGCUUCAGGGACAGCUCCAACCUGAUCCGACACCAGCGCAUCCACACCGGGGAACGGCCCUACAAGUGUAGGGAAUGUGGGAAGAGCUUCAGGUACAGCUCCCACCUGAUCCGACACCAGCUCAUCCACACUGGGGAAUGGCCCUACACCAGGGAAUGGCCCUACACGUGUGGGGAAUGUGGGAAGAGGUUUCAGACCAGCUCCAAUCUCUUCCAGCACCAGCGGACGCACACGGAUGAGGGGCCCUUCCGCUGCACCAUCUGUGGGAAGGGCUUCAACCGGAACUCCAACCUCAUCACCCACCGGCGCAUCCACACCGGUGAGAGGCCCUACAAGUGUGGGGAGUGUGGGAAGAGCUUCAACAAGAGCUCUGGCUUGACCAGACACCAGAGGGCCCACCAGUAAGGGAAGCCCUGCCAGUGCCCCGGCUGCAGGAAGAGCUUUGGCUGC